GGAUAAUAUUGUUACAACAUUUUGUCAACCAGUAAUUGGCUGAAAAGAGGUCAAAAGUUACUAUUAUUUGAUAAUGUCAACAAUGAGAUCCAUAUGAGGAGUCUUCGUUGUGCAAUAAUGAUGGUUUUGUUCAAUGCGCUGCUGGGCAUGCUAAAUAAUCUACAGCUUCUUCAACUCCUUGUGGCCGUAUUUGCGGGUAAUUCCACUUUAAACGGGAAUCGCUCAGUUUGCUCAACGUCAGCAACUUCAGCGCUGCAUUGGCCUCAGGAGAAAGAGGGGGGGGCAAGUUUGGUCAAUCAUGAUGGCCGGAGAGUACUGCACUAAGGUCGUCGAUGUCCCCGUGACCGUCUCCAGUAUUUAAUAGUGAUAAUGUCCGUCAUCUUAGCAGAUAAUUUGGC